CUCUCUCUCUCUCUCUCUCAUCCCCACUUGACAACCAUAAAAACCUCUAUCUCCCAAGCCCGACUUUCCAUUGCCCAAUUAAGCCCCAGAGAAAAAGAUCGAAACUUUGACAUCCCCUGCCACCUUCUUCUCCACCCACCUCCAAACGAGCAUAAAAAGAAGACUUUUGGUUUGGCGUUGUGAUCCUUAUAUGACCUUCUGAAAAAACCCACCUUCCACAGGCUCCUCUACCCUGUAUACUUUCAGUUCGUUGCUGGCUUUUCACUACCUAGAAAGGAGAAGAAGCAAUAAUAGAAAGGAAAAGCUUAGGGAAGAAUGGGGUUCAGAUUCUUCUGUUAAGGGUAUGUUUGUUUGCUUGCUGUUCUGUUUUCAUCUAAGCCCAUUUCCACUUGUGAAUUUUCUUUUCAAAUCAGAGAGAGGGGAAAGUGAAGUGGGUACCUCUCUGAUCUCACAGUCUCACUUCCCUUUCAAACAAAAAAGAAAAAAACUGACUGUCAUUGAUUCAGUCCAACAGGUACUAUCCAGAAAGAGAAGUCCCCACUCUCUGUUCUGUAUCCAACAAACUCUCUGCAAAAAUUUCCCUUCUUUCCUUUGUCCUUAUUCCCAAUUCUUCCUUCUCAUUUCUCUGUGAUUUCAAAUCCAACAAAGAGAUUAGAUACCACUACCAGCUACUUGUUAUUCUUUUCCCCACAUGCGCUCUGUUCUUCACUGCUCUUCUUCUCUCCGCCUUUUCCACUCCCUGAGACUCUGUUUUUAAGUUUGAGCUGAAAAGAAUGGAGAAACAUUCGACAAUAACCACAUUGACGACUAGAAGGCCGAAGUGGAAAUACGCACAGCCACCGCCGACCCCGAGAAUCCUGCACCUGCCUCGGAGGCCUCUUCGCCGGAAGAUUGCACCGCCGGCUCCGGUGCAGACGAAACCGAAGGUAGACAGGAGAGGGAAGCUGGAGUCUCUGUUCGAUCAGGACAGGGAGUUUGCCAGAGGAGCUCUGCCAAUUCUAAUGGUGAGGGAUGAAGGUGGUGGUGAAGUGGUAGGAGUGGAGAAGAGGAGGGAGAGGGUUGAGGAGAGAGAAAGCUCGGUGGCGGCGGCGGUGGUGGAGGAAGAGAAGUGGAGAGUUCAGGCAGAAAUGCUGAGGUCAGAGUGUAGUGUGCUGAGGAUGGAAAAGGAGAUUGCUUUGAAGAAAGUGGAGAGGAGGAAGGUUAGGAUGCAGAGGACUCUGCAGUCUGCUGUUCAAACUCUGCUCUCUGGGAGGGAAAGGAUUAGCAAUGGUGAGAAUGGAACGAUUGAAUUGGAAGAAGAAAUCGUGCAACUGGCAGAGAAGCUUGAGAAGCUACAGAGGAGAUCAAGUACAAGGAGCAAAGCAUCCAACUCUAAUGGAACUAUCAAGAGCAGCAAUUUCGACAAGCGAAUUGGGCAGAUUCAGGAGAUGGCUGAAGCAAGCUUGUCCAUCAGAAGCACCACUACUACUACUACUACAGCUACCAGUAGUGCUGCUAAUGGGAAUUUCGUCUCAGAAGCAAACUGCAAUGUCGUGCAGAUUGAGAUACUAAGGAGGAAAAUGGAAGGAUUAUCGAGGGGGACAUUGUUAGAGAGGAUGGAAGACGAGUAUGGGUCGAUGCUUUCGACAGCCAGCACCUCUGCAGCCAGCUCUGCCUCCAAUUCCAGGAGGAUUGAGCUUCCUGAAAUGGCUAUGGCUUCUUUUAGACAUCCAUACAAGGAGAGAAAGAGCAGGGAAGAACAGCAGCAGCAGCAGCAGCAGCAAGCAUGUACAGGAAGCUGCAAGGCGAUAGUACGGAGAGUGAUGGAGCAAGUUAGGGCCGAGACAGAGCAAUGGUCACAAAUGCAAGCAAUGCUGGGCCAGGUUAGGGACGAGAUGGAAGGGCUUCAAGUUUCGAAACAGUUCUGGGAAGAUAGAGCACUCGAAGCUGAUUCUAACCUCCAACAUCUACAUUCAUCUGAACAAGAGUGGAGACAGAAAGCUUGUUCCUUUGAGGACAGAUCGAAGGAGCUCGAAGAACAAGUUUCCGAGCUUCAAAAGGAGAUUGAGAGGCUAAAGAAGGAAGCAGCUAGAGAUAAUAGAGCCACUGGACGACGAAAUUUACCAGUAGGAACUCCUAAUGAGAUGGAGAAGCGAGUUCUGGCAUGCCGGAUGAAGGAGAAUCGACAAGACGAGCAACAACAAUUCAGGCUGAAGGACGCGCUGAGAGAAGAGAGAAGGAAGUCGAUCUCAGCAGGCAUCAGUGGUCGGCUCAAGAGAUCACCGUUCAGAGAUGUUGGCAACUCAUUACCAUUGCCACUACCAAAGCAACCGUUGUGGGUGUAGAAAACCUGGAUAAGAAACAGAGUUCUUUAUUUCCAUAUAUGUGCAUACAAAAAGAAAAUUAGCAUUAGCAGAGCGGUUUUCUCUUUUGAGACCAAUAACACAACAUGUUACCACACAACCGUUGAUUUCGACACAAAUGAGAAAGCCAGUUCGCUCUCUUGAAUUUGGGGCAGUUACAACCGACAUUAUGCAAAAGAAUUCAAAUCGAACACUAAACCGAAUAAUAACAUAACCAAGACUUCUGAUCAAUCCGAGAGUUUUCCUAACUAUUUACAUAUAGGUAGAUCUUGGCUUGGUAUCACAGGCAUCAAGGGUUAGGCCGGGAGCAGAGCUGUCCCAUGUUGUCAUUGCAAGAGUACCACCAGCACCAUGGUGUUGUUGUUGUUGUUGUCGAUAGCUAGCCAAAUGGCCAUCGACGACAACACGAUCAUGGUGAUCGUAGCCAAACUGCGGGUGGGAUGGUCCCCAGAAGUCUUCGCUUAGGCACAAAUCAUCGUCGGUAAAUGUUUGUUGCGAGGGAUAACAAAUUCCCCCGAAGUGACCAAAUUGCAUCUCCAUCUGCAUCUGGUUAGCAUAGUGAGUUGCUACCGUUGACAAAUUACCUUCCUCCUCUCCAUGGAGAUGGUGGGAAUAGUGAGGGUGAUGAAGAGCUCUGUUAUUA